UAAGGAUGUCAGAAGCAAAUAUAGAAGUAUUCCUUACUGAGGAGCCAAGACCAUUACUAGUUUACCAAGAUAUCAAAUUACCAGCCUUUUCAUCUCUAAGAGGGGACGGACUUGAGAAGAGAAUGAAAGAAAUUACCGAAUUUAACUUCCUUGAAAGCGACAUACUAAUUUGCGGUUAUCCGAAAUCAGGAAAUCAUUGGUCACUAGAAAUCAUAGAAUUGAUAGUUAACCAAAAGGGUGAAUUAACACAGACGAUUUUCCCUGAUCUUGUUUUGGAAUUCUGCGACAUUGAUAAUCUACAAAACUUGACCAUGGCACGAAGAACGCUCCAUACUCAUUUACCCCUCCGGUUCCUGAUGUCCAAUAAAAAGCUAAAUAAGAUAAAAAUUGUUGUAAUAUUACGAAAUCCAAAGGACGUCUGUGUUUCAUUUUACCAUCACAGUAAAAAAGAUGUCUUCGUUAAAAACUUAUUAGAUGUUCCUUGGAAUGACUUCUUUGAUAUAUGGACACGGAAUGAGUUACCGUAUGGCUCAUGGUACAGACAUGUAAAAGAAUUUGAAAAGGCAAAGAAGAAUGGCUUGAACAUAACAUUUCUUCAGUACGAAGAUUUAUUGACGCAACCACAAUCAGCCAUAACAAAUUUAGCAAAAUCUUUGGAGAUAUCUUGUACCAACGAUUUAGUUACAGACAUCAUUAAAACUACAUCAUUUGAAAAUAUGAAACAAAAUAAGAAGGAGUUAUCAAAGAUGACUGACCCUGAAGGCAAAGGAUUAAUAUUCCGGAAAGGUCAAGUUGGUGAUUGGAAAAACUGGUUCUCAGAUGCACAAAAUGUGAUCUUCGAUAAACAGUUCAAAGCUGAAAUGAAUGACUCUAAUCUUGAAUUUAAAUUUUCCUAAAUAUUACAAAACAUUUUAAGUUGUUGACUUUUUAUAGAUACACAUAAAAUUGCAUAUCAGAACAUAAAUGAAUAAAAUUAAGUCUUUCCACAUCAACCUUAUAAGACAAUAACAAUCAAAACCAAGGAGUAAACAAAGACUCACAACACUAAAAGACAUUUACAUCAACAGUUAUAAAUAAUAAAUAAGAAACAACACGAACUCCACUAAAAACCGGGAGUGAAAUCAGGUGCCCCGACAGGGUAAGCACUUCCUGCACCGUAAACGGCACCUGUACACGGUAAUGAUGGAGUAAUUAUGACGGAAGAAAAAUAUCAGAUAUGAUUUCUGACACACUUUUGUCAUAAUGGCCGAUCAGCUCAUGAUGCGACCGUAAAAUUUCUCGAGUGAUGACCUUAAUUUGAUUGAUUCAUAACCCUGUCUUAGCAACUUUUGAGAAAGCAGUUUUCCUCAACAAAAUCAACUUAAUUUGAGCUAGCUCUAGAGUAACGUAUCAUUCGAGACACAUAUACUCCAUAUGCUAGUGCCGCUGGGAUGUCGCUACACAGAAAUGGAAAGUUGACUAUGGGAAAAUUAAAAUCAUCGGGUUUGUCAUAAAUUUUGGUAUUUAUCAUCAGUAGUCAUUUCGAGAAAAAGGUCUAAAUAUGAAGCAGAUUUAAAAAUUAUUGACGAUCGAGAAGCUAAUUUUAAACGUGACAGAGGAGAUAUUGGAACAUGGAAAAAUCAACAUUUAAAAUUUGACCUUGACCUACUUUUAUAUUACUAAUCAAGUCCAAUCAACAGACCCUAGGUCUCUAUCACUUAUGGUCUACCAGUUACAAAUGCAUAUCGCUUAUUUAAAAUGCAAUAGGGGAAAUAACAUUCAUAUGGAAUCUUCGUAUUUCUUCCGUCAAAAUGGGGGGAAAAUACUGAUGAUAUAGCGAGCAAUCACGGAGAUCUAACCACUAAGAAAACAGUGUUUGGGGAGAUAACUCUUAAAAGAAAAAUCUUCGACUUAACAGGGUCAGUCACAAAAGCGCAAUAGCUGUUUGAUAUCAUAUGCAAAAGGUCUAAGUGACGUCUUUCAAAUCCAUAAAAAGUUUUGAAAUUUGGCAGAAGAAGUAAAAAAAUAAUCAGACAAAUACAAUAGGUCUUUCCACAGAAAUAUAAGCUACUGAUAUAUGUCUUUGUGAUUUUUUCAAGUGAUUACUAACCAAAGUCGUAUACACAUUACCUUUACUUUAGAAAAUAACCAAACGGCCCUAUGAAAUUAUUAUUUUAAUCAUAUGACGAAAAACCUUGACAUAAUAACACAAGUAGCAGUAGAAAUUUUCUAUUCAAGGUUACUGUUCUCAAACCUGCAUUAAAGGUAAAUAAAGGCAACAGUAGACCACCGCUGUUCAAUUGUCGUCAUAAAUCGAUUUAGCGGAAACAAAUCUAAAACCGAGAAAAACACAUCAACUAUUAAGGGAAAACAUCGGAACAAUAGAAACACUGAACUGCAACAAAGACAAACGCCAACAAAAAUAGAAACGGAAGUUUUGAAAGCUAGCUAAAACUAUAUUGAUAUACCAGCAUGU